UAUUUUAAUUAGUUUAUAUCCAUAUUUUAAAUUUUAAUUUUUUCCUUUAUUGAAUAAAAUAAAAAGGAUUUUAUUCACGAUGUUUAUGUGUAAUUGGUUUGAUCGUUCAAGUGUUUCCAAAAGUCAGUUCCACACAAAUGGUCUCUUGUUCGUUGGCUUCAACCAAGAUUAUGGUUGUUUUACAUGUGGCAUGGAAAAUGGCUUCAGAAUUUUCAAUAGUGAUCCCUUGAAAGAAAAAGAAAAACAAGAUUUUGAGGACGGGGGCAUAGGGCACGUAGAGAUGUUGUUUAGGUGUAAUUAUCUUGCCCUCGUAGGGGGCGGUAGAAAACCCAAGUUCCCCCCAAAUAAAGUCUACAUAUGGGAUGAUUUAAAGAAGAGGCAUGUCAUUGAGUUGGAGUUUUCAAGUGAAGUUAAAUCUGUUAAGCUCAGAAGGGAUAGGAUCGUAGUAGUCCUCGAGACGAUGAUCAAGGUUUAUUCCUUCACGCAAAAUCCACAGCUCCUUCACGUUUUUGAAACGUGCCCCAAUCCGAACGGCCUGUGCGUUCUAUGCCCUAAUAGUAGCAAUUCACUUUUAGCAUUUCCGGGUCCGAAAAUGGGUCAGGUUCAGAUCGUUGACCUUGCUGAUGCGGAAAAAUGCCCACUUGAGAUUAAUGCGCACGAGACCCAUAUCACGUGCAUCUGUUUGAAUAUGCAGGGGACUAAGAUUGCUACUGCUUCUGAGAAGGGCACAUUGAUAAGGUUGUUUGAUACAAUGACAGGCAGCAUGUUGCAGGAGCUUAGGAGAGGCGCUAACCAGGCUAACAUUUUCUGCAUUGCCUUCAACCACGAUUCGUCAUUGGUGUGCGUAGCGAGUGACCACAACACUGUCCAUCUCUUUUCACUGGACGAUAAUAGGCACCAGAACAAACAAUCGUCGCUGGCCUCCGCCCCAUUUCUGCCGAAAUAUUUCAGCUCUACGUGGAGUUUUGCUAAAUUUAGCGUUCCCGGGAAUUCCAAGUUCAUCUGCGCUUUCAGUUCCUACAGCAAUGGUAUUUCCAAUACUAUUAAUAGCUCGGCCUUGAAUCAGGCCGGGACCAAUUAUGUUCAAGUUAUCUGUGCUGACGGAAGUUACUACAAGUUCAGCAUCUCAGCCAAAGGCGAAUGCACCAGAGAACUUUACUCACAUUUCCUUGAAACCAAUGAGUGAAAGAUUUAAUGGAUUGUUGAUUGGUUUAGUGAAUAAAUGAAUGGAUAAAGUAGUGAAUGAAUGCAUGGAUGAAUUAGUUAAUGAGUUUAUGCAUGAACAGAUGAGUGAAUUAAUGAAUGAAUGAAACACUCGUUUGAAUGAAUGGAUAAUUAACCGAACUUGUGCACUCAUUCACUUGAAUGAAUAAACGAACCACUGAACAAACGAACGAAUGAAGCAUAACAUCUGUACAUAAAUAUAACCGACUUUUAUUAAUUAAUUAAUUAUCUAUAUCUGUCAAUAUCUACCAUACUUUUUUGUCCUUGCUGAUGUCAUAUUUGAAAUUUAUUGUUUUAAUGUCAUUAUUUAGAUCUAUUAUAUUAUUUUGCUGUUAUUUUCAUUAUUAUUAUUGAUGAAUAUUUAUUACUAAAGCUAGUAUUAUUAUUACUAAUAAUUAGUGUUUGUGUGUUAUAUGAUGAACUAUUUAACAAACCAUAUUAUUUUUUGUGUUUUAUUCGUUUAUUUAAUCAUUUUUUUAUUCACUCGUUCAUUCAUUAAAUCAAUCAAUUAAUUUAUCAAUCAAUCAAUCAAUCGAUUAGUCAAUGAACGAAACGUUAUACAAGUCAACCAAUCAACUUUCUCAACCAUUCUGUCGUUCAAAUUACAAACUAAACUGACUGAAAAUCAAUGAAUCAGUCAAUCUAUCAAUCAUUCAUUCAAUCGAUCAGUCAAUCAAUUUUUUCAAAUCCUUUGGUUGAUCGGUUAACCUAUGCUGACACACACGCACACAUAUGUAUGUGUGUGUAUACAUGGUUACACAUAGACGUAACUGUAUGUAUAGUUUUCUUUAUAUAAAAAUGCGACACACCAACGGAUUAACAUUGUUCUUCUGUUGUCCUUAAUUAUACAAUUAUGACGCUAACUCUAUUCAUAAUAAUUAUAAUUAAGUAUAACAAUUAAUGUUAUAUUAAUAAAAGAAUAACACAUUUUUUGUAUUAAUUAAACUAACAUGCCCACGUAAUGACCUUGAGUAUUUAUAAUUAGUUAUAAUAAAAUAACACUUUUUGUAUUAUGAAUUGUUGGUAAAACACGACCCAUUAUGUAGUAAGUAU